AACUUUCUAAGUAAAAUAUUUAAAACGAGUCCCUACUUUUGGACCUUUGUCCCCAUUAUGUAUGGCUUUGUCCAGAUUUCUUGGGCGAAGAGGUCGACUAGGUAUGAUUCCCCACUUUAAACAAUCUAAAAUCUUUAUGUGACUAACUAAUACAUCCAGUCCUUCCAGGAAGAACUUGCGCGAUGACGUCAUGCGCUACCGAGUUGCGAACUUUGAAGUGGCUAUCAGAAAAUGCCAGUUUAUUGAUGUUCUUGGGUGAUGGUUGGUUUAAAGACUGUUGAAGGAGACAGACAUUCCUUGGGUAAGCUAUGGCAGCAAUUACAGUAGGCAGUAAGCUAUCCCUAUGGGUACAGAACAAAAUGCGGAGGAUCUACAGCCUGAUUGCUACUGGCACUGUAGAAAAGUGUUUGCUGCAGAAUCGACUAAGCGGUGCGCUGUGGGCUUUGAGGAGUUCCAACUUUUUGUCAUCCAAUAAUGUUUAUGUCACUCGUUGUCACUUUUGUUGCACGAGACUGAGGCUUGGUUGGUUCGCUAUCCCUGAAACAGUGUGGUCUUCAAUCCCAGAACGUAAGCAAUUUGAUAGUAAAUGGGACGGAUCAAACCGAUUGAUAACGGCCGAUUGGAAACCAAAUAGACCGAGGAGAUGUAAAUACCUUUCAGGAUGUGCCAUUUCGAACCUAUGGCUUUGUGGAUUUUCAAGAGAUUUUUGCACAUCAACAGCUGCGCUACCAUUCAGCAUCAAAAAAGCAUGUUUGUCUUCAUAUGAAAGUAAGAAGUUUUACUUUGAUACACAUGCAGUUGUACGACUACUUGAGGAUAAUGUGUUUGAUGUAAAAGCAGCAAGAACAUUACAAUGUGCAUUGAAGAAGGAAAAGCGACUGCAGCAUGAAGACUGUGCACAGCAUCAAUAUUGCAGCAGUGGCCUUGAACAUGCCACUUCAGCAGAAAACUUGCCUUCAUUGUACAACUACUCAUCUAGAUGCACAUUUAAUUACAUUUUGUGUGGUCAGAGUGUGCUACACUCGACUGCUGACUAUGAGUCUGCAACCUUAAUUUCAUCUUCAAGUUUGAGUUUAUCACAGUACUUAUUUCUUGAGCACGCAAGGAAUGUUUCAACUAUGAAACGUGAAGUCACAAUAUUAAAUGCAGCAGGGCCGCAACAAUUUUAA